CCAGACCACUCGCACCACCAGGAGACAAGUGGAUCCCGGAUCGCCCGACCUCCGGCGUGAUUUCUGGGAUCAAGGGAGACUGCAAACGACCCUUUGCCCCCAAUCGCCACGAGGUCGACUUUUAUCUGUGAGCUUGCGCGCGAUAAACUUGGUUCCUGAAACCCUUUGCCUUGCCAACACUCCUUCGGCGCGUUCCAUCAUGCCGGGACGAAUGCUCCCCACCCUCCCAUCGAGGGAGGUCGCAUCACACAACACUGAGGAGUCCUGCUACGUGACGGUCGGCACCAAAGUCUACGACAUCACCCCAUUCCUCGAGGACCAUCCAGGUGGCGGCGAUUUGAUCCUGGAGUAUGGCGGGAAAGAUGUCAAGGAGAUCAUGGAGGAUGUGGCGUCGCAUGCGCACAGUGAAUCAGCCUGGGAGAUCCUGGACGACCAUCUCAUAGGCUUCGUAGCGACUGAAAAAGUCUUGGAGGCGGCGAAGAAAAGCGAUGAUCCAUUCAGCGUGCUGCCAAUGGAGCCCACAGCGAAAGGCAUGGAGGAGCUGAAGAAAGCAAAUACAGGAGCUACACAGGAGGUACUAGCCAGGGAGAAUGUCGAGCCCAAGGCGGCAGCGGACGAGAAAGCUGUCUACGAAUCAACAGGCCUCAGCUCAGAGGAAGAUCUCAGCAAAGAGACGGAUCUGGUACAGGACUACAAGAAGCACAAGUUUCUCGAUCUCAACAGGCCAUUGUUGAUGCAGGUCUGGAAUGGUGGCUUCACCAAAGCCUUCUACCUAGAGCAGGUUCAUCGACCGCGCCACUACAAAGGCGGUGACAGCGCGCCUCUCUUCGGAAACUUCCUGGAGCCGCUCUCGAAGACGCCAUGGUGGGUUGUUCCAACAGUGUGGCUUCCUCCUGUGGGAUAUGGCACCUUCCUCUCUGCCCAGCAGCUCAAUCCAUUGGCGCUGACGGCUUACUGGAUCACCGGACUCUGUAUCUGGACAAUCGUGGAGUAUGGCCUACAUCGAUGCUUGUUCCAUAUCGACCAUUACCUACCGGAUAACCGCGUUGCUCUCACGCUUCAUUUCCUGUUGCACGGCAUUCACCAUUACCUUCCUAUGGACAGGCUGCGGCUUGUGAUGCCGCCUACUUUGUUCCUGGUUCUUGCAACACCAUUCUGGAAAUUGGCACACACGGUCUUCUUUUACAACUGGUAUGCAGCUACGGCCGUGUUUUGUGGUGGUAUCUUUGGCUACAUCUGUUACGAUUUGACCCACUACUUCCUACACCACAAGAAACUCCCGUCCUUCUAUCAGGAACUCAAGAAGUACCAUCUCCAACAUCAUUUCAUGGACUACGAGAACGGCUUUGGAGUGACAAGCCGCUUCUGGGACCGGAUUUUUGGCACGGAACUGCCACCGCCUCCACAGCCAAAGGUGCUGAAGACAGCAUAAGGCAUUGUACAGCAUAAGAAGGAACAGCAUGGCAUAGCGUAGGCGUUGGGGCAAGAAGAUACCAUCAUGGCAAAGGCUCGUUGUAUAUAUUAACAAAUUAAUGAUAAUGGACGGCACCUUGUCGAGUCCUGAGAAAUGUGCAUAUCACAUUCAGAAUUUCAGACACUCGUCUACUUCCCCG